AUGGGACUGGACUGGAGCAGGCCGGAGGAGAGGCGACCGCUGCUGACUGGAUCCCGGGGUCCGAGAGUGUUCGGCCGACGCUGGCUGGUUCUUCUGCUCUUCUCUCUCCUUGGCUUCUUCCAGGGACUGGUAUGGAACACCUGGGGACCCAUCCAGGACUCUGCCAGAGCCGCCUAUGGUUUCUCCAGCCUGGACAUCGCUCUGCUCGUCUUGUGGGGCCCCAUCGGUUUCCUUCCCUGCUUUGUCUUUAUGUGGCUGAUGGAUACCCGUGGUCUACGUGUGACAGUGCUUCUCACAUUGUUAUUGAUGGUUGUUGGUGCGGGCCUGCGAUCUGUUCCUGUAUCUGAUUUAUGGGUCAGAAGAAGACUCAUUCACGGGGGACAGUUUCUAAAUGGAUUAGCAGGACCAACUGCAAUGACCGCUGCUCCAUUCCUUUCUACAACGUGGUUCUCUCCAAAUGAGCGCGCUACGGCAACUGCUAUUGCAUCCAUGCUUAAUUACCUAGGUGGAGCCUUUGCAUUUUUGGUUGGACCGUUAGUGGUUCCAGCCCCAAAUGGUACCUCCGGCAAUCUCCUAUUUAAUGAGCACACCGGGUCAAUAAAGGACCGGAUUGAAGCGGUGAUGUAUGCUGAGUUUGGAAUAAUCGCUGUGGUCUUUGCUGCUGUUUUGGCUUAUUUCCCUUCCCGUCCCCCGGUUCCCCCCAGUAUUGCUGCCGCUGCUCGCAGGCUAAGUUACAGGAGCAGUAUUGGAAAGCUGCUUGGGAAUGUGCGCUUCUUAUUGCUCGCACUGGCUUAUGCUGUUCCUCUAGGAUUCUAUUCUGGGUGGUCUGGCGUUUUGGAUCUGAUUUUAUCCCAUGUCCAUGUCAGCCAAGUAGAUGCCGGCUGGAUUGGAUUCUGGUCAAUUGUGGGCGGCUGUUUUGGUGGAAUCGCAGUAGGAAGGUUUGCAGAUUCUAUCCGGGGGAUUCUGAAGCCUAUUCUGGUAUUGCUCUUUGCAGGAGCUGCACUUGCUGCUACGUGGUUCACAUUGACCUUUUUAAGUAACAUUACUCACCUUCCACUCACCACAGCGACUCUAUAUUCCUCAUGCAUCCUGGCCGGUGUGUUCCUGAAUAGUGCGGUGCCAAUUUUCUUUGAGAUGUUUGUGGAAACUGUAUAUCCUGUCCCGGAGGGAAUAGCUUGUGGAUUUGCCACUUUUUUGAGUAACGUCUUCACAGGACUUUUGUUGGUGUUUUUAACUUUUUAUCACACAGAGUUAUCGUGGCUGAACUGGUGCCUGACGGGAUCUAGUUUGCUCAGCCUGCUGUUUAUUGUGUGCUUCAGGGAAUCCUAUGAUAGACUCUAUCUUGAUGUCUUUAUAUCUGUGUAACAGCCACAAAUGGACUGAACAAUCCGCACACAGCACAAUUGUCUGGUUUUGCACAAUAGACUGGAAGAAAAUGAGCGACCCAAAUCUGACCAUCUAAUACUAAGAACUUAAUAAAUUGUCUUGUCUCUAUUUUUCACACUGUAAUCCUGGAAACUACGGAACAUUAUUGCUGGGGAAAUCUGCAGUUGUCUUCCCCCAGGUAAAUAAUAAGUGUACUCUUUUGUAAUGUUUUAACGAAGCAUGGGUAAAGAUGCCUUGCCUCUUAUAAUACAUUUUGUCAUUUGGAGUGUUGUAUGAUUCACUGACACUUUACCUCUCUCUGCUACUCAUCUUUUUGCCCUCAUCAGCGUAGUGGUGGAGGAGGAAUGGGUGCUUUGUUUGUCUUAAGUGGAUUAACUUAUUGAUAAUUUUAUAUUAGAUGUUUUAUUAAUUGUAAAUAACAGUCGGCAUUUAUGGCUGUGGACUAACUGGGUACUAUGCCACCGAAGCUGUAACUACUGGUGUACUUGAUACAGUGACAUUUGGGAUGGAUUUUGCACAAGGUGUAUGUAGAGGGGCUUACAACAGUGCUUUAUCAGUACCAUUAUAUGUAUAACUAGACAACACAGACUGUAGUGGUCUAGACUCGUCAUAUGAUUCUGCCUUUAUAUUAAUAGUCACAUGACUUGAAAUGGUCAGAGCCACAUCAACGCCAAAAAAGGGAAUGGUUUUGGGAAUAGUCUGUUUACUGCACAGGCUUUAUUUUUCUCUUCUUUUUCUGAAAAUUAUAUCUUCAGCUUUUGGUCAUAGAAUAGAUUGUGAAUUAAAUGUAGUUAUCUACACCGGUCUAGUCUGCACAGUCAUUAAACAGGUUCGCUUAAACACAGAUUUUCCACGUGUCCUUUUCACUGUGAUUUAUUAUUGUUGCAUCUGCAGUUUCACUGGCCUGACCCUUUUUGGCUGUGCUGUAAAGUGUUGCUUCCCAGUGGUGUGACAUCUUUUCUUUUGUGCCAAGAAUCGAUAGGUAACCAGGGAAGCUCACUAGAAUAACUACAUCACCCAGAAAUUCGUACUUUGUUUAGAGAGGUUUAAUUUGUAUAACCGGAGAAAACUCUUAACAAUUGGAGAUAUCAAGUAGGGAUUAGAAGUCUGCUAAAUUUUAGUUUAAAGUAAAGCAAAUUAUCUGUCAUUAACACUGUCUUUUUAAAAAAAAAUUUUUUAUAUAAAUGGUAAUUUCUAAAUUGAUUGAUAAAUGUCAAAGAGGAAAGCCUGUCUAAUGUCUGUUAGUAAAUGUUUAAGUUUAGCGGAGUGUUGUAUUGAGCUGUGAAAUGCACAAUGAUACUGCCGUGAGAACCUGUCUCCAGAUCCUACACUAGUAGUGAGCUGUGAUUUAAUGUGGCGUUAUCUGUUUCUGGUCUCUUACUCAAUGCUGCUAUUAUUCCAGGGCAGAUCCAAUUUCUAGUUACUUUUUGAUCUCUGUAAAUAACGAUGAUAAACUGUUUCUGAAUAAAAAAAAUUAACGUUUGUUUUUGUCACAAUGCGCCAUUAACCUGAUCACUGCUGGAAAGUCACUGUUUUUCUAACAAUUUUCUUUUUAAUGUGAAAUAAACAUUUAAAUACCUCUUA